AUGCCAGACGCCGCCAGCGCCCCGGCGAAACGGCCGUCGCGCACCUCGGCUUCGACGCCGCGCACGCCGCCCUUCCUGCCUACGCCGCUCGAGCGUCUCGCCCUCGGCCUCUUCCCCCUCCUCCUCGUCUUCGGCACCGUCUUCUCCAUCCUGUCGCCCGAAACGCGUGCGGCGCCGUAUGACCACGCAACCCAGUCGCACGCCCAGUCGCAGCCGCCCAGCUACUUUGCCCGCAAGUCCAACGUCUUCAACAUCGUCUUCGUCAAGCGCGGCUGGGGAUGGACCACCUUUGCCUUUGUCUUCUUCCUCUUCACCCACCCGAGCGGCGGCGGCGGCGGCGGCGGCGGCUUCGAUCUCACCCCUCGACGCUUCCGCGCCGGCCUGCGUUGGGCUCUCGUCACCGCCUGGUGGUUCUUCGUCACCCAGUGGUGCUUUGGCGCGCCCAUCAUCGACCGAGGCUUCCGCUGGACCGGUGGCCGCUGCGAGCGAGCUCAUCACGCCGGUGCCGCCGGCGAGACAAUCACGGCCGUCGCAUGUAAGGCGGCCGGCGGCCGCUGGGCUGGCGGCCACGACAUCUCCGGUCACGUCUUCCUCCUCGUCCUCGCCACCGCGUUUCUCAUGAACGAGGUCGGCUGGUCUGUCCUUCGUUGGAGUGGCCUUCGAGACGAGGAGAGGUGCGUCAUCAUGCCGGACGGAGCGUUGAAGAGCGCCAACGUCGAGGCCGACGCGCCCGUCGCCCAGGGCGAGGGGUCCUUGUCCCUCGGCCCCGCCGGCAAGAUGGCCGUCGCCGUCGCGGGCUUGAACCUGUGGAUGCUGCUGAUGACGGCCAUCUACUUUCACACCUGGUUCGAAAAGGUGCCACGCCCCUCUCGAAACCCCCGACCGUCCCCUCUUGCCUCCCGCUAA